AUGGUACUUCUCUUGAUCUAUGUUGAUGAUAUUAUCCUCACUGGCACAUCUGGUGCUCCAUUCACGUCUCUUCUCGUUGAUCUCAGUCGGAAAUUUGUGGUGAAGGAUUUGGACCCUCUUCAUUAUUUUUUUGGUAUUGAGGCUGUUUCUAAUUCCUAUGGUCUUCAUCUUACACAGUCAAAGUAUAUUCAUGAUGUUCUAACCCAUUGUGCUAUACUUGACUGUAAGCCUCUCUGUACUCCUAUUGUUGCGGGGUCUUAUCUCUCCUUAUUUGAUGGUGAUCUGUUUGACAACCCCUCUCUCUAUCGAAGUGUGGUUGGCAGUCUCCAAUAUCUCACCGUCACAAAACUUGAUAUUGCUUAUGUCGUUAAUCAA